UAGGAUGAGGGGGUUGUCAGGAGUUUAGGGCGGCUUGGGACUACAGAUCGCUGGGGCAGCACCAGAUGGUGGUGGAAUCCCUUCCCUCCGGGUCCAACCUCCGCCCCCCAGGGACUAACAUAACAUCCUCCUAAUCCCUGACUUGUAUGUAGCGCCUUAACUGACGUCACUCCCUGCCCCCAAAUGAGGGGUCUUAGACCCCAUUUCACGGGAGGGGAGACUGAGGCCCAGAAAGGAGAAGUAGCUUACUCGAGGUCACGCGGCCAAUUAGAGUCAUGCUCACUGAGUGACAGAUGUAUUAGCUAUUGGCAUAAACAGAGCAGGAGAUCAAUACAAGUAACAAGAUACACAUCCUCCUUCUACUGGGAACUCUAUCUUGGGCUCAACACCAAACCGAUUUAAUAGGGCUCCUAAGUCUCCUCAUUUCACCUUUUUCCAGGGGGGUCUCUGAAGAUUCAGUCCCCUUUUGUGGCCCUGACCCCCUUUGUCCUCACUCUGUACUUUUGAGUCCCAGAGCCCAAUAAAAUCUGCUGCCUCCCAGCUGUUUUGACCACAGAAGGGUGAGUCAUUGGCUGCCUCAGGGUAUCUCCAGGGCUGAUGGUGUGGUGGGGUGAGGGUUCCCUCUGUUGGCCCUUUAUCACCUCCCCAACUCCCAGGGUUAUCAGCUAGAAGGGACAUGAUUUGGCCUAGUGCUGGUGAUUGCAAGAGUUGUGCUGCCCCCUCUCUGCUCACAGAGAAGGGUAGGAGCAGGAGAGCUUCUGACUUUCCAAGUGGAUGGGCCUAAAGGCUGGACCAGGAGCCCCAUUGCAGCCCCUGGGUUUGCUCAAGGAUGGCCUGGGGUAGUGGUAGUGAAGGGAUCAAAUGCUAUUCUGGGCACAGCUGCUGUAGUUAUUAAAGGGAAUAGUUCUCCCUGGAGCAGAGCUGGGAAUGUGAGAACCAGGAAGCUGGCAAGUCCAGGAAAGAAAAUCUGGGAGGCUCCCCAGUGGUCAGGAGAGGGGGCAGGCACUGUCUGGCUGGUGCUGCCGCCACUUGUUGUGUGACCUUGGGCAGGGAGCUUCUCCCCUGAGCCUCCCUUACCUAAAUCUAUCUGUAAUUUGAGGAAGCCCAAAGCAGUCUCUGGUACACAGUGGGUGAUCUGGUAGCUGCAUGUUGAAUCCUGGUUUCAGGAACCCCAGACCCUUUCAUAGCUGGGCAGAAGGGCAGUGACAGCAUCAAAGUCUGUUUGACCUGCUUGUACCCCUGACAUCAUUAUAUUCUUGGAGAUUGUUUGCUGAGGUUUUCCUGACUGUACACUCUGGACUCAAUGAUCUGGGGCUAUGCCUGCCAGUAUCUAGUUGUAUGUCUUUGGAUAGACUAAUGUCCUCUCUCUUAUCCUCAGGUUGUAAAAUGGGGUGGGUGAAUAUGAUGGUCCCUGAAACAGCUCUUCCAUUUCAUCUUCUCAAUGAAGUAGUAGGUUUUUGGAAGGAGGGUGUACCUCAUCAAGGCCGCAAUAUUCUCUUCCUUCAGAAGGAGCCAAACUUUAUGGAUUUUUGGUAACUGAGCCACUAACUCCCUGUAGCUACAGAUGGGCUGGGAUAUGCGGGUUGUGUGGGGCAGACACUAGUUGGGGGUGGCUCAACCUUCACAACCCCUGUAGAUCCCCCACCCCCAUCCCACCGUGGAAACCAGCACCCAGGGAGCACUUCCUCUGGAGCCCACUGUGGGUCUGCAAAUGUGGAAAUAGUCUUUGGCACUGGUGAUUCUGUGGCAAGUGUGAAAACAUUCCCAGGGAAUGCAGGAGGUAGCAGCAAGCAUGGGAAUACCCCAGCUGGGUUAGCAGUGAGAGUAGAAAUACCUUCAGGGAGUGGAAGCAUGGACAUCCCCCCAGGAAGUUCUACAGGAAGUAUGGAAACACCCCUAGAGGAUGGUGACAAGUGGCUCUGCAGCAAAACUGCUGACCGUCUUUAAGGGACAGGUUUUUGCACUGCCGUAGGGCGCCCCCGUGAGGCCGCUUCACUCUCCCAACAUGUUCCAGCGCCUCGCCAGCCUCUUCUUCAGCAACCCCCCGCCCCCCGAAGACACCGAUUGCUCCCACGCCUUCGUCUCGGAGGAAGAUGACGUGGACGGCUGGCUCAUCAUUGAUCUGCCGGACAGCUACGCGGCUCCACCCAGCCCUGGGGCCGCCCCUGCCCCCGCAGGCCGCCCUCCGCCCGCGCCCUCCUUGAUGGACGAGAGCUGGUUUGUUACCCCUCCCGCCUGUUUUACUGCAGAGGGGCCCGGACUCGGGCCCACCCGCCUCCAGAGCAGCCCCCUGGAGGACCUCCUCAUCGAGCACCCCAGCAUGUCCGUUUACGUCACCGGCAGCACCAUAGUGCUGGAGCCUGGGCCCCCUUCCCCGCACCCGGACGCUGCUCUGCCGGACGGCGACCUUAGCGACGGAGAGUUGGUGCCCCCCCACCGCGAGCCCCGGGCCCUGCACCACGCCGCUGCUCCUCUGCCGGUGAGGGCCGUGCUGCUGGAGAAGGCAGGCCAGGUGCGGCGGCUGCAGCGGGCCCGGCAGCGGGCUGAGCGCCGCGCGCUGGGCGCCAAGGUGUUGCAACGGCAGAACCGCGCCCGCGAGAGCCGUCCCCGCCGGCCUAAGCACCAGGGCAGCUUCAUCUACCAGCCGUGCCAGCGUCAGUUCAACUACUGAGCCUCCAUCGGCCGCGCCACCGCCCCCUCGCCGGCUCCCGAUCCCCUGUCGGGCCCCUAAGCCGCAACCAGUGUGCUGCUCGAGGGGCGGCCGCGGCCUGACUCGGGCUGGACCCCACAACCUCCCUCCUUCUUAAAGUGUGUGAGGUGGAGUGAUAACCCUUCCUUCCCCAACUCCCUCCACUCCCCCCAUCUCCGAUCAUCUAAUCCACCUCUGAACCCCUCCUGCCCCUUUUACCUUCCCUCCUUCCGGCCUCUAUGCCCAGCAUUUAAUCCUUCAUCCUCCUCCCAAACCUCCUCCUCUGUUCCCCAUCCCUGUCUCUCUACUUCACCCUUGUCCUCCAGUCCUCUUCUUCUGGCCCACCCCUAUUUCUGAGAGCCUCUUCCAGUCUCUGAUCUGGCUCAUUCCCCACCUUCAACUCCCACCUUACAUGACUCACUCUAUCCCAUUUUUGGCAUUACACUCAUUCCUAUUCCCUUAUUCAGUCCCAGUAACUCCCUCCCAAAUGGAUAGGGGGAGGGGACCCUGAGCCCAGCUCUGACCAGGUACAACCUGUGCAGCCUGGGCCACUGUCCCUGCCCUCCAAUAAGGGUUCAGGCUCAGGUUUUUCCUUUUAGUAUCCCUCUUUCCUCUGCCCUGGGGGCUGGGCUCCUUUCAAGCUGCUUAGGCCUGGAAAGGUAAAAAAGUAUGUGGAAAGAGGACCGUGAGAUGUGAGUUAGAGGGAGAAGGUGGAGGGAAUCAAGGGAAAGAGGCAGCCUAUUGGAGAUGUAGACAGGACAGACAGAUUGAGAAGCAGUAGGGAGCAGGGCACCAUGGGAGCUGGCACUGUGCUUGCUCAGAGAGGCCAAGCCCUGCUCUCAGGCUAGAGCCUGGAGUCAGCCCCACUUCUCUAUCCUAUAAUCCCACAUCCCAAAUCUCUUUCUGAAAUCCACCCCUCUGCAGGCCCCUGAGUCUGAAGGGCUUAGUUGGUACCUUGCCACCCUACCCCUGACAUGCCACUCCAGGAGUAAAAGCUAGGCUAGGCUCUGCCGUCCUGGCCAUCUGUUCAUAUGCCCAAGGUGCUAGAACUAGCUUAGGAGAGAUGCAGGUCAGAGGGCUUCUAGGCAAGGAAAGGGCACACACUCCAGGUAAGAAGGCAGAGGAAUGAUGCUGAAGAGGACAAGCUGUGGGUGAAGCCAUCCCAAGACUGAUAGCUCAGCCUUUAUCUUGCCUCUGGGAUUGAAUUUUGGGCUCAGACACCAGCAACAACCUCUUGGGAUGCGCUGAGUUGCUUCCCAUUUCCUUUCUAGCUGUCCUUUUUUAGUGUGUGCUCUUUCUUCCUUGAAACUUGUAAGAUUUCCUGCUACAUGCUAACAUAGGUCUUCCCACUUGCUCUAAUUCCGGUUUCAGACCUCACAGCCAAGCUGAGGCUUGGAGAAAAUUCUGCAUUCCCAUGAGGGCAAAGGCAGCUGCCCUCCCUGACCCUAUAGCCCCAGGCCUCAAGUGGGGUAUAUGGGAAAGGGAGUGGGGUAUCCCCAUGGAUGCUGGGAUGGAGACAGAUGAAGCCCUGUAGGCAUCUCCUAACCCAGGGAAUAAUUCAAAUUGGCACUAAAAGCAGAUCAGAGUCUCCACACCAGUCCACUUAGGGCCUCAGUAGUUGACAACCUUGCUCCUCUGUCUGUAUUCUUCAAUUACAACCUAGUCCCUUUUAUUCUACCAGCUACCCCUUGGGCACUUCACAGCCAGCUUAGGGUCUUCAGCACUUUCAGUAGCUGAAACUCCCUCCAACCUUUCUUGCAUAUUCCUCGCUGCCAGCUGGAGCCUGAGCUCAGUCCUGAGCAGUGCCCAUGAUCCUUCUGGUAGGGGAAGAGUUUGAGUUAAUCGGGUAUUUGGUACAAAUUUCAAAAGAUCCUGCCUUUACCUAUAUUUUUGGAGGCUCCCAUAGUUCUAGAACCCUUCAAUUUCUCACUUGGCUGGUAGCAAGGUUUUUUUUUUUGUACUUUCCUAUAGAUUUUGUAGCAUUUGGGUGUGGUGAUAUUUUAAUUGUGUAUAGAUUUCUAAGAACCAACACUACCCAGUCUCCUGCUAGUCUGACUCCUGAAGCAUCAGACCUUAUCAUACUGUAUUGACUGUGUAUGUGCCUUUCACCUUGAGCAUGCUUCAGGACAUUUUUUUAAAGCACAGAACUUGAAAACAUGAGAGAACCAGAAUUCACAAAGUCCUAUGCAACCUUAGACAGGAGAGGGUUAGAGACUCUGUCUUGACUGAUGUUUUCAGAGACCCUGGAGAAGUUUGUACCAGUUUGUGAGUAUUAAUGUCAAUACUACCAGCACUUUGCCAAAAUUAAGUACGUUAGAGGGACCCUUGUUUCUAGAGUGAGUCCCAAUUACAUCAAAGGGUACUUCCAGUUAUUCACCAAUAAGUCUGAGUGGUUCCCUCAAGCUGGGCAUCACUUUCCAGCCUUUGCCAGUCUAGCUCCAGCAGGGCACCAUGUGUGUAUGAAUGUAGUUUGGUGCUGUUUUGGAGUAUGCUUGCUCCCCAGUCUCCUGUCUGGAACCCCGUGGUCAACUUGCUCAGAUCUGUAAUGUCAUAGGUGCAACAAAGACCCUCACCAGAGCUUUUGGAUGCCUAUCCAGAUCCACAUGGCUUUACAUGAGGGCACUGAAUGCAGAUACACCAUAGCCCACUUCUAAUACCUUCUCUCUUGCCCUGCCACCUAGUUCCAAAAGGAACCAACAAGUUGAAUGAAACCCUAUUGGGUGUUUUCUGUUGAGACUGGCUGAAAUGAGGAGACUUUGGUUGAUCAUGUUGUGAUGUGUCAACAGACUCAAGGACACAACCACCUCGACCUGCUUAUGUGGCAUGCCUGUGUAUGUGUGUAACAGGAUUCUGAUUGUUAGAUUGUAAUGCUAUUCCUGUAUGGGAGAAAAAAAUUAAUAUAAAGAAAAACAAAUAAAAAUCUAUUUAAAGCACA